UAUAAACUGAAAUCAAAACAAAACCCUAGUUGUUCGUUGAAGGCGAAAAGGAAAAGAUGGCGACAGUACCAGGGCCACUCGUAUGGGAGAUCGUGAAGAAGAACAACUCAUUUUUGGUUAAAGAGUUUGGAAAUAACACUCAGAGUGUUCAAUUCAGCAGAGAGAGUAACAAUCUCUACAAUCUCAACUCUUACAAGUUCUCUGGUUUGGCAAACAAGAAAACUGUUACCAUUCAGCCUGCUGGUAAAGAUGCUGUGUUGUUGGCUACAACAAAGGCAAGGAAGCAAAACAAGCCUUCUGCUUUGACUCACAAAUCGGUCAUGAAGAAGGAGUUCCGCAGGAUGGCAAAGGCUGUUCAAAAUCAGGUGGCAGAUAAUUACUACAGGCCUGAUCUGAAGAAGGCAGCUCUUGCAAGGCUUAGUGCAGUUCACAGAAGCCUCAAAGUUGCCAAGUCGGGUGUCAAGAAGAGGAAUAGACAAGCUUUGAAGGUCCAUGGCAGGAAAUGAAAUUGACUCUAGAACAGUUUCAUUGCAUUUGAGAACCUUGUUUUUUGUCCCAUCAUUUUGUGUUUUCUACUUUCAAUGUAUGAGACUCCAUUUUAGAUUUUGAGUUUUGAAUUGCUAUUAUUUACCCCUACUACUAUUAAUAUAAAAUUGGAAUUAGCUUGUUAUA